UUUGAUCAUGCAGUCGUUCGAAUGUAAACGUAUGGCGUAUCUAACUUCCUUUCCAAUUGUGGUCUCCUAGUGGCAUCCUAUAACGUUGACUCGUAAUUCAACCACAACGUUAAAAUGUCAGGAGGUUUAGACGUAUUAGCCCUCAAAGAGGACGAUGUUACCAAGAUGUUGGCUGCUGGUACCCACCUGGGUGCUGAAAAUGUCAACUUCCAGAUGGAACAGUACGUCUAUAAGAAGAGAGUUGAUGGUGCUGGUGUAAAUGUUAUCAAUCUGCGCCACACCUGGGAGAAGCUGCUGCUUGCGGCUCGUGCCAUCGUCGCCAUCGAGCAUCCUAGUGAAGUUUUCGUCAUCAGUUGUCGUCAUUCGGGCCAAAGAGCCGUGCUGAAGUUUGCAGCCCAUACCGGUGCAACCCCUAUCGCUGGACGGUUCACUCCUGGUGCAUUUACCAAUCAGAUUCAGGCUGCCUUCCGUGAACCGCGUCUGCUGAUUGUUACGGAUCCGUCUACCGAUCAUCAACCUAUUACUGAAGCCAGCUAUGUGAAUAUUCCUGUUAUCGCUUUUUGCAACACCGAUUCGCCGCUGCGUUUCGUGGAUAUCGCGAUCCCGUGUAAUACUAAGAGCUUGCAUACCGUUGGUCUGAUGUGGUGGUUGCUCGCUAGAGAAGUGCUUCGAUUGAGAGGAUCUAUCCCGCGCGAGACCAAGUGGGAUGUAGUUGUCGAUCUCUUCUUCUAUAGAGAUCCCGAAGAGGCGGAGAAGGAGGAACAAGCUGCAAAAGAGAUCGCGCCAGUGAAAGAAUUCACGGGUCCGGUGGAGACUGCCCCUGCUGCGGAACCCGGCUGGGUGAACGAAGUCGAGUCGACCACCGUGGCCACCGAGAAUUGGGCUGAUGAUGUAGCACCUCCAGCAGCUGCUGCUAUUCCCGCGGCAGCUGGUGCGGCACAGCCAUUCCAACCAAGCGGCGAUUGGGCUGCACAGCCUCCAGAGGAGUGGUCGACACCUGUGGCAGCACCCGCUACUCAAAGUUGGGGAGGUGCGACCAGCGAAAAAUGGUAAUUUUGCGCUUGCUAACAUCUUGAGAACAAUGCGAACUUUAUACAAUGUCUGUAACAGGACUCAUUGAAACAAAAUUAUAUAUAUAUAUAUAUAUAAUUAUAUAU